UGACAUGUAAAACAGCCUAGAUAGAGGGAAGCCCGAAAUUUCUAGCUACUUCCACUUGGCGUCUCUCUUCUCAUAAACCCUGCUGCGCGCACUUCCUCGCUCAAAACCCUAGCCUCUUCUCUUCUUCCCCGUCAAUCAAUCCACACAAAACAACAGAGCACAGAAAAUGACAGGAGAAACAGUGAAUCCAAAAGCAUACCCUCUGGCUGAUGCACAGCUUACAAUAACAAUAAUGGAUCUUGUUCAACAAGCUGCUAAUUACAAACAGCUCAAAAAGGGUGCCAACGAAGCUACAAAGACACUUAACAGAGGCAUUUCUGAGUUUGUUGUCAUGGCAGCAGAUGCUGAACCCCUUGAGAUUCUUCUCCAUCUUCCUCUACUUGCCGAGGAUAAGAAUGUUCCGUAUGUAUUCGUGACAUCAAAACAAGCACUAGGACGAGCAUGCGGUGUUACCCGGCCGGUGAUUGCAUGUUCUGUGACAACUAAUGAGGGAAGUCAAUUGAAAUCUCAAAUCCAACAACUAAAGGAUGCAAUUGAGAAACUAUUAAUAUGAGAAAUUUAUUUCGGUAUGAUGGGCUUCUUGAGUUUGCUGAGUGCUCCUUGAGGCUUUGACUGGACAACUUGUGUUCAACUCGGAAUGGUGCUUUAUAAUGUAAGGCUACAUUAAUAUUUAUGGAUUAAAGUGAAUUUUUAAGUUGGUGUAUUAUAAGCCAUUUUGUUAGAUUUUUGUUUGUGAACUCGUUAUCCUUACGUGACCCACUUUAGUGUUCAAUUUCAAUUGUAUCCUUAUCAUUAAGUAGUUUAAUGCGGCACCAACUUUCAUUGAUACAUUCAAAAAGCGAUGAAUACCUUUUCAUUAAGUAGUUUAAUGAAAAUCAUGCUACAUUUCUUCUA